AUGCGUUGCUAUGGUGGUUCGAAUCUUCAUUCUCAUCGUUAAACAUCUUUUGUUAAACUUUUGAAAAUUUUAUUUAAAUUGUCAAAGUUCUUCUUCACAUAUAAUAAUUUUGUACACGAGACCAUCCCACUACACGUGCAUCCAUGUACUACCAUAUACGGUGGCCGUGCCUGUGGUCACUUGAAUAAUUUGAGUUUGUGUUUUCUGACUCCCACUUUGACCUGCGUGUCUAUGCUAGGUCUUGCUUGCAAACCUUCMCGAUUUUUUCUCUGUAAUGGCUAAGAGAGUAGCAGUAAUUGGAGCUGGUGCAGCCGGAUUAACGUCUAUAAAACACGCUCUUGAUACCGGCUUUGAACCMACGGCAUAYGAGAAAGAUUCUUGGUUUGGAGGUAUUUGGUAUUACACAAAAGAUGAACAUCGGUUUGCUGCCCCGAAAUCAACAGUUUUCAACACAAGUAAACACUUCUCUUGCUUCAGCGACUUUCCAUUUYCCAAAGAGACGCCAAACUACACACCAAGGCACGUAUUCCAUCAGUAUUUAGAAUCUUACGCCGAGAAGUUCGAUCUUACAAGAAGAAUACGAUUCAACAGAGAAGUCUUGAAGGUAGAGAAAUGUAAAGAUUAUGAAAAGACUGGUAGAUGGGAGAUCCAUUCAAAGACGUCUGAUGGCAGUGGAAAAGAGAACGUUUGUAUUGAAGAGUAUGACUAUGUGAUGGUUUGUAGCGGUACAUAUUCCAACCCAUUCGUUCCUAAGAUAGCAGGCAUAGAUGCCUUUACUGGUACAGUGAUUCAUAGCAAAUCUUACAAGACUUACAAACCUUUUGAAGGAAGGCGAGUCUUGGUCGUGGGGCUUGGAAAUACAGCAGGUGACAUAGCCUGUGAACUAAGUAGACACUCCAAGCAGGUCUAUGCCAGCACUAGACGAGGUACCUAUGUAGUUCCACGAGUGACAGCUGGUAAAUUACCUGAGCUUAAAUUCCUCAACAGAGCAGUUCAGUGCCUCCCUAAAUCUCUUCUAUUGUGGCUUUUAAAAAGAUCUGUGUCUUCAUUGUACAACCUCCCGGAACUUGGCCUCGAACCCAUUAGUGAUGAAUCAUUAUCUUUGCUCUUUAUCAAUGAUGACCUUCCUAAUCGAAUUGUKACUGGAACAAUAAUUAUGAAGGAUGAAAUUGUUGGCUUUAAAGAUAGGAGAGUGUUCUUCAAAGAUCACACAGAAUUGGAUGACAUCGACGAUGUGAUUUUUGCCACUGGAUAUGAUGUUUGUCUUCCUUUUCUACCGGACUCCUUGAUGAAUACAGACACAGCAAUGUCAGGUCAUCAUUCUUAYAAGGCAGUGUUUCCCCUCGGUCUUUCUCAUCCAACACUAGCUCUCAUUGGUAUUUGUMGAGUUGCGGGAAAUGGGAGUGUGAUUCCGAUAACAGAGAUGCAAGCUCGCUUCGCCAUGCAAGUCUUUACAGGAGAAUUCAUCUUGCCAAGUAAAGAGUUGAUGAAGAAAGAGGUUGUUGAAAGGAGGGCARCAUUAAUCAAGACUGGAGGGCAAAAAGCAAGUUCUAGUUCUUAUGUACUAGAAUGUUUUGUUAAGUACUUGGACGACAUUGGAUCCUUAAUAGGAGUCAAACCCAACUUAUGGAAACUGUUUUUCCAAGAUCCUAAGCUAGCAAUAAAGUGUUUCUUUGGUCCAGCUAUCCCAGCACAGUACCGUCUGAUGGGACCAGGGGCGUGGUCCGGGGCCAAAGACGUCAUAGAGGGCGUGGAAGAAAGCAGGUUGGCUCCAUUGACAACGAGGAAGGUUUAUCGCACAUCGAGAAGCUCAUCAAGAUUGUUUGUGUGUGUUGUGUGUAGUGUUGUUGUAUUGUUGAUAGCUUUAUUGGUAUUUUAAYAGAUUUCAAGUUUUAUAGAACUGAAAGAAGCAUAAAAUCCAUAGAUUGUAGUGUUACAUUAAUUUAUGAUUUUCGUCUGCAGACGUAAAACUAGUUAAACUUUAAGUAAUCUAAAAACUUAAAAAACUGUAAACAUUUCGUCAUCCUCACUAUUGAGAUGGAGAUGAUUUUGUAUUGAAAUCAGGACCUUGUUUAACAUAUAAAACUAUAUGUGGAGCAGAAAGCAUUAAUAUUUUAGUUUAAAAACGUUCUUAAGAAAUGCUCAAUCACGUAAUAUAUAGUGGAAGCAAAUUUUAUAUAUACACAUCUAUUUUUUAGUAUAAUUUUUGUAUUCAGAAUUAAUAUCAUUAUUCAUUUAUUUUAUUCUGUUUUUAGUUAAAUUAAUUGAAUAUACUGAAAUUGUAACAAAACUAUGCUGAGAAAAUAAAUGUAUAUUUAUUUGUUCAAA